UGUUUGCUGUAUGCUUUUUUUGGAACAUAAAUGGGCAGCAGGACCUCCGGUUGGUCCUUGUGGGGAAAGUGGGUGCAGGCAAGAGUGCAUCAGGGAACACACUUCUAGGCACUCCAUCAUUUUCCAGUAAACUCAGUGCCUCCCCAGUCACCCUGGAGUGUGAGGCACAUACUGUGAGUCUUGGAGGCAGGCUGGUCACAGUGGUGGACACUCCAGGAUUGACUGCAACAAUGGUCACAGAUACAGCGAAAACAAAACUGCUCCGGUGCCUCCAGCUCUCAGCCCCUGGACCCCACGCUUUGCUACUAGUGAUUCGCCUGGGUCGAUUCACCCAGGAGGAAAAGGACACUGUGAAGAGGGUGGUGGAGGUCUUUGGCAUGAGACUUUACAUGUUCACCAUCAUCCUCUUCACAUUUAAAGACAGGUUAAAAAACAUCUCCAUUGAGGAGUAUAUCAGCACUGCUGGGGACAGUCUUCAGCAGCUGGUGCAGAAGUGUGGCAGCAGGUACCAUGUCUUCAACAAUGAAAAUCCUGGUGAAGAAGAUCAGGCAGGACAGCUCUUAGUGAAAAUAGACAACCUUGUAGCAGCCAAUGGUGGUAGAUGGUACACUAACACAGACAACAAGAUGGAAGAUCCUGUAGUAAGACCGAAGCAUCGGCAUUUAGCUGCUCCUUCUCAAGAUUCAAGAUAUGGAACUGUGUCAGACAGCCACAAGUUGGGAGCAACAGCACAGGGUGCAAGUAAAAAGUCAGAAGAUGGGUUAAAGAACGAAGAUUUACAAAGAUUUUUGAACCUCCUCAGUAGAUUGAAUCUGAGUCAUUUCUAUCCCCAUAAACUGACAAGUGCAGGUGCAUUCAGUAUAAGCAGGACUUCACUUCAGAGAAUGGAACCUCAGACAGAAAAGGACUUGGCCUCUGUGUAUCUGUAUAAACUGUUGACAAUGGAUUACAGAGCCAGAUAUGUCACACUUUCCAAGGAAAUUGUCACAAGUGAGACAGAGGAAAUGUCUGAUUUUGAUCAUUUUCUAAAUGAGGAGAUUGAGUGUAGCAAUAGUAGCACAGAUGAAAACACCCAGAUUCACCCAAUGGAUGUCCAGAUGUCAGUUUUCCACUGUGCUGACAGUUUCCUGAGACAGAAUUUGGUGAAUAAACUCUCCACCUGCCAGUACGCUCUGCCACUGCUGGUGCCCAGUCCUACAUCUGCAGACAUUGAACUCCCUCUCUGGACGUUUCAACACAUCAAGAAGACCUGGAAGUCAGUAGAUGGCUCUGAUGUGACGUUGCCAGUCUGUCAGAUUAAAGCUCCAAUGGUCUUUUUCUGCAGGCUGGGCUCUGUAUCCACUUCCAAAUCUCAGCUGCUGAAUUCUCUGAUUAACCCAACACAUGACACCUUUUUCCACAGGAACAGUCCAGGAAGCUGCAGGAGCCCCCUGUUAAUGAAAGGGUUGGUGGAAAUUGCCUGGUACUGUCCUGCAGGACACACUAAUGAUAUUUUCAGUGAAUGCAUUGCAUUCUGCAAUCUUCAUGGUGAUGCUGUAAAGCACAGCAAACAAAAUGAGUUUCUGACUGAACAAGCUACAGUCAACAUCGUCCUGAUGCAAAAUUUGAAACCUAAUGACAAAGAGAGAGAAUUGUUACUGAAGCUCCAUAAUUCUUCAAAGCCUUUGAUAUGUGUUGUUAAUGACCUAAAGCAAGGGCCAUUUAAGAUUGGAAGAAGGAAUAAUAUCAAAAUUGGACUCAAAGACAGAGACAAGGCUGAAUCACACAAGGAACUGAUAAUGGCAAUCAAAGUAUGUGUGCAGAAAUGGAAUUUACUUCCGACUUUCAGUCUGGAGGAAAGCGCCAAACAGGGAAAACACUGUGGGUUCAGAGUUGAAGAAUACAGUGAGGACCUUAUCAGUAGACUGAAUCUAAGUCAUUUCUAUCCUAAUAAAUUGACAGCUGCAUAUGUGCUCAGCAUAAGCUGGACUUCACUUCAAACUGAGGAGCCACAGACAGAAAAGGACCUGGCCUUUGCAUACCUGAAAAAGCUGUUCACACUGGAUUACAGAGCCAGAUAUGUGACACUUCCUAAGCAAGGUGUCAGAGGUGAGAUGGAGGAAAAUUCUGAUGAUGAUUUUUAUCAUUUUCUAAUUGAAGAUGAUGAACAUAGAAAUGACAAUGGAAAUAAUCAGAUUCAUCCAAUGGACAUCCAGAUGGCAGUUUUCCACUGUGCAGACAGUUUCUUGAGGCAGAACAUGGUGAAUAAACUCUCCACCUGCCAGUACGCUCUGCCACUGCUGGUGCCCAGCCCUACAUCUACAGACAUUGAACUCCCUCUCUGGACGUUUCAGCAGAUCAAGAAAACCUGGAAGUCUGUAGUUGGCUCCAAUAUGACAUUACCAGUCAGUCAGAUUAAAGCUCCAAUGGUGUUCUUCCUCAGGUUGGGCUCUGUUUCCAUUUCCAAAUCCCAGCUAAUGAAUGCUCUGAUUAACCCAAAGCAUGACACCUUCUUCCACAGGAACAGUCCAGGCAGCAGCAGGAGCCGGCAUUUGAUGGAGGGGCUGGUGGAGAUUGCCUGGUACUGUCCUGCAGGAAACAAUGACGACCUUUUUAAUGAAUGCAUUGCAUUCUGCAAUCUUCAUGGUGAUGCUGCAGAGAACAGAGCGCAAAGCCACUUUCUGGCUGAGCGAGCCACAGUCAUUGUUGUCCUGAUGGAAAAUAUGAAGCAUAAUGACAAACAAAGGCAAUUGUUCCUGAGGCUCCAUAAAUUUUCAAAGCCUUUGAUCUGUCUUAUGAGUGAACAGAAAGGUACAGAUAUGAUGGAAAGUGGAACUGAUAUAAAAUGUACAAUUAGACUCAAAGACAGAAACCAGAAGGAAUCACAUGAAGAACUAAGAGCAGCAAUUAAAAUGUGUUUGGAGAAAUGUAAUGCAGCUCCCACUUUCAGUCUUGAGGAAAGCUCAGUAUUGGCAAAAGGUUGUGGGUUCAGAGUUGAUGAAGACAGUGAGGAAUGCCACAAAGGAAAGACUGGAGCUGUAGGUGUUGUGAAGCUGCUGAAAGGUGGAGGUAUCUCCCAAAUCAAGGCCAAGCUCUUACCUUGUCAGGGAAAACUGUGGCAUAGAUGGACCAGUCUAAACAGACAGCUUAAAAGUGCAGGCAUGAAUGGAGAUUCUGAACAUAUCAAGACCAUGACACAGCGGGAAAUGCAGUCAAUACGAAAUCAACAAAGGCAGUGUUCACUUAAUAAUGUGAUAAAAGCUGUUUGUGAAAAUAUAAUCUCCAAAGAUGUUUCCGAGAAAAUGUACUUUGUGAAAUGGCUUGACCUUUACCUAGGUGGCUUAUUUUCAGAGCAGGUGUCAGAUGUGAAUCCUCUGAGAGUAAACCCUAGAACACAACACAAAUCACUAAGUUUUUUUUCCAAAAGAAACCUCAAGAAACAUGCAGUAACACUUGGACUGGAGCAUAUUUUCAGGGAAAUGGGUCAAAUUUAUGAGGCUUGGGCUGCAGUGCCUGAAGAAAUGGGAGAAGAUGUUUCUGCUUUCCCUGCUGUGGCUGCAGACCUCCUGAUCUCUGGACAUCCACUGGAGCUGAUGGAUGGAGAUGCUGCUCAUGUUCCUCUGACCUGGAUACAGUCUGUUCUGGACAAGGUCACUGAGAGACUCGGAGACCAGAGAGUGUUUGUGCUGUCUGUUCUGGGUCUGCAGAGCUCAGGAAAGUCCACCAUGCUGAACACCAUGUUUGGGCUGCAGUUUGCUGUGAGUGCUGGCAGGUGCACAAGAGGAGCUUUCAUGCAGCUGAUCAGAGUGAAAGAAGAGGUUAAAGAACAGCUGAAGUUUGAUUACCUGCUUGUGGUCGACACAGAAGGGCUUCAGUCUAUACAACUGGUGGGCAAACAGUCAGGACUCACUCAUGACAAUGAACUGGCCACUUUCAUCACCGGUCUUGCAGAUAUGACACUGAUAAAUGUCUUUGGGGAAAAUCCAGCAGAAAUGAAGGACAUCAUUCAAAUUGUAGUUCAGGCAUUUCUAAGAAUGAAGAAAGUAAAACUGAAUCCCAGCUGCAUGUUUGUUCACCAGAACAUUGCAGAUAUCAGUGCUGGAGAGAAGAACAUGGAGGGAAGAAGUCAACUGCAGAAACAACUGGAUGAAAUGAUUCAUUUGGCAGCAACUGAAGAAGAGUGCAGUGCAGAGUAUUUUACUGAUGUUGUCAAAUUCAGCAUACAGACAGAUGUACAUUACUUUGCCCAGCUGUGGGAGGGAAACCCCCCCAUGGCUCCCCCCAACCCACGUUACAGUGAAAAUGUUGAGAGUCUCAAACAGGCUAUUCUCAAAGCUGCAGCAGGAAAGAACUGUCUAAAACUCUCAGAGCUCAAAGUCCGUAUUAAAGACCUGUGGACUGCAGUGCUGAAUGAAGACUUUGUGUUCAGCUUCAAGAACUGCCUGGAGAUUGCAGCAUACAGGAGAUUGGAGGUCAUGUAUGGGAACUGGACCUGGGAGCUCAGGAGAGACAUGAUCUUCACUGAGAAUAAACUACACGCCUGGAUUGAAAAGAGAAAGCUAGAAUUUACUGAUCAGACAUUAAUCCGUAAUCAAAUCAACAGUACUUUCUGCAAGGUAAAUGAGGAGGUGAGGAACUCCUUUACUGAAGGUACAGAUGCUGAGAUCCUUUCUCAGUGGAAAGUAAGUACAGAACAGAGAAUUGAAGAUGUACAUGAUAAGCUUAUUGAUGAGACUGCAAGAAAACUGACUGAGCUUGAGAAAAUGAAGGCAGCAUGUAAAAAGCUAGAUGAGAAGAAAACCCAGUAUGAGAAUGAGCUGUUCAACAUGAGUAAAGAUUUGGCUUCUAGACUGAAAGAUAAGGCCAUGAAUGAGACGAGCCUCAGGAGAGAGUUUGACUCAAUGUGGGAGAAAUGGCUUUCGGAUCUGAGGGCAGAAAUGCCUCCAAUUAAAGACGUCUACGUAGAGCAGGAAGUGAUGAACGUUCUGAGUUCAUAUUUUGAACAUCUCACCAUUUAUUCCAACAGAGACAAACAUUACAGACAGAUUUAUAACAGAAGAGAUUAUUCUGACUAUGUAACAGUGAAGAAAGGCAUGUGUGGCUUUUCAUAUCAAAGUUUGGACACCAAAGAUCAUGACUCAAUCAGAGAGCUGGUGCAGCAGACAGUGAGAGAAGCUGAGGAGAUCAUUAGAACUAAACCAGUGGACAGAACAGGCUACAGUGACGCUUACACACAGGAGAUUGUGAACUGUGUGAAGAAGAGAGUGGCAGAGUUUAAAGCUGAGAGAUUCAGACUGAAGAAUGAAUUCACAGUGGAUCUGUCUCUGUUUGUCUGUGACACUGCAGUAAGAAAGUUCACUGAUCUUCACAAGGUCUUCAGAGAGGCUAAUGAUCCUGUGAUUUACCUGGGAAAUAAGAAAGGAGAAUUUUUCUCAAUGUUUAAGAAGCAAUGUGGAGGAGUAACAGCCACCGCUGUGUUUGCAGACUUUGUCUGUAACAAACUCAAGUCGUCUAUUCUGCAGUCUGUCUAUGAUCAAACUGCCAUUGAUGCAGCUGGAGAAAUGAGGGCAAAUUUCCCAGCAUUCAGUGGAAACAGGUCAAACCUGGAGAAACACAUCCUGCAGGAUUUGGCAGAAGCUGAAAACUUUGAGACAUUCAUCACCUACAUCAUGAAUCCUAAGAAACACUUUUCAAAUUUUAUUGAAACAAAAUUUAAAGAGCAAAUGCUGGAAGGGAGAAAUCCUAGAAUAUUGGAAAUUCUAAGGAAUGCUGUAAAAAUUAAGCAGUCCAGUGUUUCCACAGCCAUCCAGAAGGCCACACAGGAAACUAAACAGAACAAAGGAGAUGUGAAUGAGUGGCUGAAGAGGUUUUCAUUGGAACUCGAAGGUGAGGUGAUAUUUACUGUGAAUGAUGUUGAAGGAGCUCAUUACCAAGAAAUCACUGACACAGACUUUUUUGGUGAAAUGAUGAAUAAAACCCUUCAGAGUGUUUUUAAUGAGACGUCCAGCCGCUUUGACCACAUCUCUACAGUCAGAAUGGACAUGUUCAGACAGAGACCAGAAGAUAUUCUGAAAAACCAGUUGUGUGGAUGUUGGGUUCAGUGUCCCUUCUGUGCAGUUAUUUGUACAAACACCAUAGAAGGACAUGAUGGGGAUCACAGUGUUCCUUUCCAUAGACCUGGAGGAGUCAGUGGGUGGUCAUGGUAUAACACAAACAGUUUGUCUGUAGAGAUCUGCACUGUUUUAGUAGCUCGUGAAGACGACAUUGUCUUACAAGAUGGAACGCGUGUCUCUAACAAGACAUAUAGAGAAGCUGGCCCAAAAUUUACCUGUUGGAGCAUCACACCUGACACUUCAGAACACCCCUACUGGAAAUGGUUUGUGUGUCGGUUUCAGAGAGACCUGGAAAAGUACCAUAGCAAAACUUUUCAGGGUCGUGGGAAGAUUCCUACAGCCUGGAGGAGAUUCACUAAGAAAAAUGCCAUAGAAAGUUUAAAAUAUGGAUUCUAAAGUACAAGAGGAAAUGUGUGCCAAAAAUAAUGAAACUUCCAGCAUUAGGAACAGGAAAAAGUCAUCUUGUAGUACCCAGAAGAAUACAGACACCAUCCAUGGUUACAGUUCUGGUGACAAAAUCUGAUGGAUCGUUACAGUUUCCAUUCAGCAUAAAGUUUAACACUGAGUGCCAGUGAUUCUCAGUAAGCAGAGUUUGUAUACAACAUUAGAAACCAAAUCUGAAGGGCUUUAUCAAAUUCUGCUAGUAAUGAACUCUACAGUAAAAGUUGGAGGCAAGUUAAGUUUGACAGCCACUCAUGCAGUUGGACUAAAGGACGAGUGCUAGUAACCUCUCCUCAGUAGCCUACGCAUGCCUGUUCUACGUGGCAUAAUGUCACAUACAGGCCAGAAGAUUGAAAUUAUAUUAAUUUCUCAUCGUUAUGUUUUCAAAUGUCUAAAAAACUGCAUUAUAAUGAGUUAUUUUUAAUAUUUUUAUAGACCAUUUUACAGUUAAUUGCACACUUGUUGACAGAUAUUGUUAAAACUAAUAGAGUCAAAAACUAAAUUAUUAAAGGGGCCUUACAUUAUUCUAUUUUAUUUUGUUCCUCUGAGAAAAUGUUUGCGCAGUUUAUGUACCAAAGCCAGUUUCAGUUUUCAUAAUCAUUUUCCAACUUCUCUUCAACCUAUAAAACAGUCUGUUUUGAUCGGUUGUUGCCCUGUAUUGUAUCUUGUUUUAAAAGCAGUCUAGGCUGAAACACUAUUUAUAACCUCAAUAUGAAUGGGUGGGGCUUAAGCUAUAGGCUGAAUAGGCUGAUACAUGUAAAUGAUCAGCUUUUGUGAUAUCAUGGAUACAAAAACUUUAAAACAGGCUGUUUUUGCAGUUUAGUUUUCAUAUAUGGACUGCAUGCGCUGAGGAGUGCGAGGUACGCUUUGAAACUUUAACAGUGUUUGUAUACUAUUCGUAUUCCAAAAAAGAGGGGACAAUUAAAUUUCCCAUGAUAUGAGGCCUUCAAACUUGAAUGUUUUACUGCACCUUUACUGUACAUACCAUACAUUUUGUUCAUCUCAUUUAAGAUCCUAAUGAGGAUUGAGGUCAUAGACCUGCCAACACAAAGAGGGAGAAAUCUUCAGUUGAAUGUAGAAGUUGUGAAUA